AGUAGUCUGUAGUGGCACGAAGAGGCUUCAGCCCUUCCACACACACACACAUCUACCAUGGCUCACUUCUGUUUCGUUCUGGUGGUGCUCCUGAUGUCCGUUGCAAUGGCGACCAGCACAUCGAACUGCCUUAUUGCAACGCUGCCUGGCAUACUAAACCUAGGAAAGUGUCUUAAAACGUCUUUGGACCUGUGCACUGCAACUGUCGAUGACAUCCUGGAAGCUGUUAUAAAACUCGUUCAGUGCCUGGUCUCUGCAUUGACGACCAUUAACGUUGUGGGUGCCUUAUCAGCCUUGAUUGACAUCAUCUCCGUCGUCCUUAGUGUCCUUGGAAUAAACUUGAGCAGUAUUACCAGGUUGCUGACGCCCUUGUGCGCCGUGUCCAAUGUACGCGGAUGCAAAAAGCUCUUAUCCGGUGAUUACAUCUGUAGCGCACCCAUCAACAUUUCUCUUCCUGGCAACCUCAAUCUGGGACAGUGCCUGACCGACACCCUGAUACUUUGUGAAGAGGGCAAGCCUGCUACGGAUGCUGUACUUGUGAAACUUGUGGAAGCUUUGGCUUGCCUUUUGAACGAGCUCCUGGGAUCAGCUUCUAGCGGUGUUCUCGAUGGUCUGGUUUGCACCGUGCUCGAACUUCUCACUGGUGCUGCCGCCAACGUCAGCUUAUUGCUGAAGUUGGCUCUGGGUAGCCUUGCUGCGUCGAUACAGCUCACGGUCAAGUGCGAUUGAUUGCACCAUCCAGUGGGACGAAUUGUCAACAGAAACAAAGGUAUACCAAAUGGCAACAAUGAAAAACCAUGCUAUAGGCACAUCACUGCUGAUCCAAUAUAGUAUUAAAAAUUGAUUGUCUUUUUGAGUGACACAUCUACAGGAAGCUUGCCGCUGUCAUGAUUAUCUGAAAUAAAAGUUACAU